AUGACUCCACGAAACACUAGAAGAUCAGCCGGUGGCAAGUCAACAGCGAACGGUUCAGGGGGUGAAAAGUCAGACGAAAAUAAAGUGGAAGUUGUAGAAUUUAAAAAUAGGGACGACACAAAUUCGGGAAAAAAAGAUUCAUCUGAUAAUAAGCAAACUGCUCAACAGCGUGCUGAUUAUUAUCAGCUUUUAGCCGCAGACAAAGAUGCUGAACUUCAACUUAUGAAAGAAAAAGUCUUGGAGGCUGAGAGAUUAGCUACUGCAAAAGAAAUGGAAGCCGAAGUGAUAUACAUUGAAGCACAACGAAGAAUAAAAAAGGCGGAUGAGCAAUUAUCAAGUCGUCCAAUUAUUCCUUCUUCAUCAACUUCAUCUGUCAUAGCAUCUUCAGCAGCUAUUUCUCGGGCGCCGCGUAUUUCUUCCUCUGCAACAAAUUAUUUAGAAGAAUUGGAAGGUUUUGAAGAAGAAUGGAAUCCCGAACUGCAAAGAAACAGAUUUGAAGAAGAAAUGGCUUCGAUGAGGAAACUAAAGCGCCAAAUGCUGUCAGCCCUCUAUAAAAAUUCAAUACAAGCUGGAAGACAAGGAAGAAAUAAUGGUCGAGGAAGAGGUGAUGGACGAGGAGCAUAUGGCAAAGGAGGAUACGGUGGAGGUGGAUUCGGAAGAGGACAAGGCAAUGCACCAUCUGAAAGAGCGGUUCAUGGACCAUAA